AACAGAAAAAUCAGAGUAAAGGAUGAGUGCUGUGUUUGCUAAACUGGACCCCAGGAGGAUUGAGUGGGACUCGUCCUGGUAUGGGCUCCACUCUCGGAUCUUGCGCACCAAACCUGUGGACUCCAUGCUGGAGGGUUCGGUUGAUCUGCAUGGGACCAGACUGGCAAGUGUGCUGACCACGGUGGACCUGGUGUCACUCGGGGUGGGCAGCUGCGUGGGCACUGGGAUGUAUGUGGUUGCCGGGCUUGUUGCAAAGGAAAUGGCAGGACCUGGAGUGAUCUUGUCUUUCAUUAUUGCAGCUGUGGCAUCCAUUCUGUCAGGUGUCUGCUAUGCUGAGUUUGGUGUGAGAGUCCCUAAAACCACAGGCUCCGCCUACACAUACAGUUAUGUGACAGUGGGAGAAUUUGUGGCCUUUUUUAUUGGCUGGAAUCUGAUACUGGAGUACCUGAUUGGUACUGCAGCAGGAGCCAGUGCGCUGAGCAGCAUGUUUGACUCUUUAGCCAAUCACACCAUCAGCCGCUACAUGAUCAACCAUCUAGGAACACUGAAUGGCCUCGGUAAAGGAGAGGAAUCGUACCCAGAUCUGCUGGCUCUGCUGAUCGCUUUGGUGGUGACUGUGAUCAUUGCUUUAGGCGUGAAAAAUUCUGUGAGCUUCAAUAAUGUGUUGAAUGUUGUUAACUGUGUGUGGGUCUUCAUGGUGCUCGCCGGACUGUUUUUCCUCUCUGGAGCCAAUUGGGAAGGUGGGAUCCUGCCCUAUGGCUGGUCAGGGGUCAUGCAAGGAGCUGCAAGUUUCUACGCCUUCAUUGGCUUUGAUAUCAUCGCCACCACAGGAGAAGAGGCCAAGAGUCCUGACACUUCCAUUCCAUACGCCAUAACAGCUUCUCUUGUCACCUGUCUCACAGCUUACGUCUCUGUGAGUGUGAUUCUGACAUUGUUGGUACCCUAUAACCUGAUGAUGGCGAUUUGCCCCGCUCAUGAGAUGUUUGCAGAUCAUGGCUUCCUGGCAGGGAAGUAUAUAGUAGCUGUGGGCGCAGUUGCAGGACUCACCGUCAGCCUGCUGGGAUCUCUGUUUCCAAUGCCAAGAGUCAUCUACGCCAUGGGCUGGCGAUGGUCUGCUCUCUCAGGUAAACAACCCCACACAGAGACCCCAGUGGUGGCAUGUGCUGUUUCGGGCUCUCUGGCUGCUCUGUUGGCUCUACUUGUAAGUCUGAGGGACCUGAUCGAGAUGAUGUCCAUCGGCACACUGCUGGCCUACACAUGGUGUCCGUGUGUGCUCCUCCUGCGAUAUCAGCCUGACAGAGACGGCUUCACCAGUUUCCUAACAGAGGAGGAAGAGGAGGAACGCAGGAGGAAAGAAGAAAUGAUGGCAGCUAGUGAAAAAGACCUGAACUCACCUGGCGGAGAAGAGUACGCAGAAAACCCUUGUGGAGCUAAAAACCUUCCCUCUAACGGAGACGACAAACCUUGAUGAAAAGUUGAUUCUGGGGGCUACCAGUCAGAGAAUCAGGGCUAUGGCAUUGGGAGAAAACGGCAUAGAGUGGUGGACGACUCUGAUGGACUCUUUAAACGUGUGUUGGGUCAUUAUUACACCAUUCGGAUGCGUUUGGGCCUGCCGAAUGUAAGCGAUAAGCCCACUCCUGCAACGGGACGCACUGUUACUUCUUGUGUCCUGCUUUUCUUCAUCCUGACCUUCUUUCUCUGGACACUGGUCAUCUAUGGCUUUGACCGGGUUUCUGGAGGAGCACGCUGGGCGAUCUUGCCUUUUAUAAUGACUGUAAUCGUCCUCAUGGUUACUUUGCUCAUUAUUAUUCUUCGUCAGCCUGAGAACCCAAAGAAGCUGCCUUAUAUGGCGCCCUGUGUGCCGUUUGUGCCCACGGCUGCCAUGCUGGUGAACAUUUACCUCAUGCUUAAGCUUUCCAGCAUCACCUGGGUGCGCUUUGUGGUGUGGUGCUCACUAGGUGUGCUGAUCUAUUUUAGCUACGGGAUGUGGAACAGCUCUCUGGAGCUCAGCGCUAGAGAAGAAGCGGCUCAUGCUAGCUCCUACCAGAGGUAUGACACCGAGGUGGACGACAGCUUCAACGUCGAAGAAGACCUUCCUCCUGAGGAGAACGAAGAGGACGGACAGUACCAGGGCUGGGCGGCAGAGGAGCGUGGCUAUCACUACCAGAAGCAGUACCAGGACGAGGAACAGAGUCACAAUUACAGAAGCAAAGGCAGGACCAAUAAAGGCUUUGAGGAGCUGGACAAUGAAGAGUAUUCCCCUGAGUGA